UUGUUCAAAUCGUUUAUUUUACCUUCUAUUAACAAAUAGUUUUUGCGUAGUAGCACCCCGUGAGGUUAUACAUGUUCCUGAAUUUAUUUACAAAAAAGGUUAAAUUGUCUCAUGCUAAGUCGCUCACGCAAGUCCCAAGCGCCAAACAAAGCGCUUUGUUGCUAAGUUUUGUUGUAACCGAAAUGUUUUCCGUUCAAAUUAUUGGGUUCUGUGAAUUAGGAAAUAAAAGCGGGUUAUAGUAAAAGAAUUGUUUGGGUUUUAUGAGGUGAAUUUAGCGGACUAACAUGACUUACCCGAGUUCAAUUAUUGAUGUUUCUGAUUCUGAACUGUGGGAUUUCCAAGACGGAAUUAACGGUAAAUGUGGCCGCGCAGCUCACACAUGUGAAAUUAUCUUUCAUGCAAAUAUGACAAGAAACCGUUUACGCAUCAGGCGCCGCUCUACCCGCGUAUCAACUCGACGCACGAUGAUACGAAAGGCAAUAAAUGGGGACAGCAGCUCGGUGUGGUCAUUGGACAGCCAGCCACUACGACCACGCAAAAGAAUAUUGUUAAACGUCGGAGGACGAUUAUUUGAAACGUGGCAAGAUAACCUGGACAAUUAUCCGGACACACUUCUAGGGAGUCCAGAAAAGGAACUAUUUUAUGAUCGCGGUACCAAGAUGUAUGUAUUUGACAGAGAUCCGGAAAUGUUUCGGCACAUUCUCAAUUAUUACAGACUCGGUAGGUUACACUAUUCAAGUGACUACUGUGCAGACGAGUUUCGUGAUGAGCUUUCUUUCUUUCGUAUCUCUAUAAACGCCGUAUCUAAUUGUUGUUGGGACGAUUACAGGCAGCCAAGAAAAAUACGAAUCGACAAAGUGUUUAAGUUAGAGGAUCCACACGAAAAACUAGAAGUUGAGAGAGGAUGUAAACUGAAAAAAAAGGUCUGGAACAUUUGUGACAAUCCACACGAGUCGGUUCUUGGUAGAUCGUGGUACUAUUUCUCUGGACUGCUGAUUGCUUUAAGUAUUGUUUGUACUGUUGCUGAGACUAUACCACCUCCUUGUGACGAGAAAUAUCUUUGUCAGAACUACACUUGUGGGAAGGAAAAUUGGAAUUUGUCAGCCAUAAAGUAUGGAAAUGUUAAGUCCUGUGAAAAAAUCGAUAAUUACUUGAAGGAAAGAGAAUUAUUGUAUUUUUCAUUGGAAAGUGUGUGUGUAGCAGUGUUUUCUUUUGAGUAUUUGACGCGGUUUAUUACAGCACCAAACCGCUGGCAAUACGUAAAGGAGUUUAUGAGUGUGAUAGACUUGCUUUCAAUAUUACCAUAUUACGUUGGGCUGAUAUUGGAUUACGCGCUGGAAACAUCAGUGGACAGUCUUAGCGCCUUGGUUUUGCUGCGAGUGCUUCGUGUCUUCCGUGUUCUGAAAUUCACUCGACACUCCAGCCGACUACGAAGUUUGUUAUUUGCAAUCAGACGCUCUGCUUCUGAAUUGGGUUUCAUCCUAUUCAGCUUCUCUCUCGGAGUAACUCUGUUUUCCAGUGUCUUAUUUUACGCGGAAAAGCUCGCGGACCUCAAACCGAACAGAACAAAUCUGUUUGACAGCAUUCCAGCCUCUAUGUGGUAUUCGGUCGUCACCAUGACAACAACUGGCUAUGGGGACCUUGUUCCGAGAACAAUCAUUGGACAACUGAUUGGAAGUGUUGGCUGUAUUGUUGGCGUGUUAAUGAUCGCUUUACCUGUUCCAAUUAUUCAGAAGAAGGCAAAUUUACAACUUGGACUUUUGGAUGAAGUAGACGAGGCUAUGGAAGCAGAGCUCUGAUUGAACGUUGAUCAUUGGCAGCUGGAUCAUUCGGUAAUCACGUGCUGGAUGCAUAAUGAAUAUUAAGAGAAGCACAGAGCCUGUGACUGUGGUCUGUGAAUCCCUUCAAUCUACAGUUUGGUAUCUCUAGUCAGUUCGUAGGGUUUCUUGGAGAAAAAAAUAAUUGCCAUCCAUGUAUAUUUUGGAAAUGACAAGUGUUUCCAAGCGGUAACGUGAGAAAAAAAAUUAAAAAUACAAUUCUGAUCUAAAAGAUCAGCUUUUUAGAGAACACUUAAUGGAUAAUUGAAUUUAGACUGAGAGUCAAACGUUAAUAGCCACUUCUUUCAGGUUAUCAUUUAUCAGUGUGAUUAUCAUCGGCUUUGAUACUGAUCAUCGCAUUUCUACAGACUUAAAGGAGAAAUAUGAUCCAGAAAUCAUA